AAGUCAAAACACCAAGUUACCACGUUACCACCUAUUAUCAUCUUCGACGUAUUCCCCGUGGUCCUUAACCCCUUCCGCACAAAAUGCCUCAGAACGAGCACAUUGAGUUACACCGCAAGCGGCAUGGCUACCGUCUGGACCACCAUGAAAAGAAAAGGAAGAAGGAGAGCCGUGAGGUUCAUGAGCGCUCGCACAAAGCCAGGAAGCUGGUUGGUCUGAAGGCCAAACUCUACCACAAACAGAGACACUCAGAGAAGGUCCAGAUGAAGAAGACCAUCAAAAUGCAUGAACAGAGAAAGACCAAGCAGAAGGACGAUGAUAAGACCCCAGAGGGAGCGGUGCCAGCCUACCUGUUGGACAGAGAGGGACAGUCUCGCGCUAAGGUCCUCUCCAACAUGAUCAAAGAGAAAGCUGGCAAAUGGGAGGUCCCGCUGCCGAAGGUGCGAGCACAGGGAGAGACCGAAGUGCUUAAAGUCAUCAAAACUGGAAAGAGACAGAAGAAGGCGUGGAAGAGAAUGGUCACCAAAGUUUGUUUUGUUGGCGACGGCUUCAGUCGUAAACCUCCAAAAUACGAGUGUUUCAUCAGACCCAUGGGUUUACGUUUUAAGAAAGCUCACGUCACACAUCCCAAGCUGAAAGCCACAUUCUGCCUCCCCAUCCUCGGGGUGAAGAAGAACCCCUCCUCUCCUCUCUACACGUCUCUGGGAGUCAUCACCAAAGGAACAGUGGUCGAGGUCAAUAUCAGCGAGCUGGGCUUAGUCACACAAGGAGGAAAAGUCAUCUGGGGUAAUGCUGUAAUGUGA